AUUUAUUGUACACCGGUAAUAAUGGCGUCGCCAUAUAAACUGCGGUCUACAGUUGUAGGACAUGAAAAUGAUGUAAGAACACUGACCACUUGUCCACUUCACGAAGAUAUUAUAAUAUCAGGAUCCAGAGAUUGGACGACUCGAGUAUGGACCGCUAAUAAAAGUAAUGGUUUUCAAGAAAGAUGUAAAAUUCAAGACCAUUCCAAUUUUGUGUCCAGUGUGUGUGUGAUUCCACCAACUACAUCGCAGGAGGGUUUGAUGAUUACUGGCAGCAAUGAUAAAUCUAUUAUUGUCUAUGACCUAGACACUUUUCAGAAGCUCUAUCAGCUAACUGGUCAUGAAGGAACUGUCUGUGCUCUAACUUCUGGGAAACCUGGUACAAUCAUCAGUGGCUCUUGGGAUAAAACUGCCAAAGUGUGGGUGAAUAAACAGUGUGCCAUGACUCUUGAAGGUCAUGAGGCAGCUGUAUGGGUUGUGAGGUAUAAUUCUGCCCUUGAUCUUCUGCUCACUGGUUCUGCAGAUAAAACAAUACGUGUGUGGCGAGAUAAUAAAUGUGAAUCUGUUAUAAGAGGUCACACCGAUUGCGUGAGAGAUAUUGCCAUCCUUGACAACAACCAGUUCCUAUCUUGUUCUAAUGAUGGGACCAUUCGCCGAUGGCUACUCAGUGGGGAAUGCAUCCAUGUUUAUAAUGGACACAGCAGCUUUGUCUACAGUUUAGCUUUGCUACCAAAUGACGACGGAUUUGUUACUACUGGAGAAGACAAAACUCUACGUAUUUGGCAAAACACUUCCUGUGUCCAGACCGUCUUCCAUCCAUGCAAUUCUGUAUGGUCUGUGUGUGUCCUACAGAAUGGAGAUAUUAUCACUGGUGGAAGUGAUGCCAUGAUACGAGUGUUUACCCGAAAUACUGACCGUAUGGCCGCUGUUGAAGACCAAAAGACAUAUGAUGAUCUGGUAACUCUCAGUAAUGCUCCCUCUAAAGUAGCUGGAGUGAAGAUGGAAGACAUUCCUGGUUUGGAAGUCUUAAGAAAACCUGGUCAGGCUGGUCAGCAGCGAAUGGUAAGAGAUGGUGAUAAAAUAAUGAUGUAUGUAUGGAACACUAACAGUGAACAGUGGGAUUUACUUGGGGAUGUCACAGGAUCAGGUAGCAAUGACCAUGCUCCACAAGGGAAAACAUUGUACAAAGGAAAGGAAUAUGAUUAUGUUUUUAGUGUGGACAUAGACCCAAAUGUCCCAGCUUUGAAAUUACCAUACAACCUAGAUGAGAAUCCAUGGUCAGCGGCAAACGAGUUCUUACAGGCCAAUGACUUGAGUCCAAUGUUCUUAGACCAAGUAGCUAAGUUUAUUAUCGAUAACUCUAAAGCAGCCCAGCCACAUGUUGUUUCAACACAAGCUUACAGUGAUCCUUUGACUGGAAGUUCUCGUUAUAUACCACCAGAUUUAAUUACUGGAGAUGAAACUCAAUACACUCCAACCAACUCCUUUUUUCCCCGGUAUGCUUUCCUUACAGUUGAUGCGGCCAAUGAGAAACAAAUACUUGAUAAGCUGCAUGAGUUCAACAAGAAAAUUGGGCAUCUUCAAAUUCCAGAAUCUUCUAUCAAUGAACUUUCACCUCUGAUCUUAGGAAAAUCUUCUACACCAGAACUAUUGACAACUUUAAAUUCACUCUUGAAAUGGCCUAAAGAUUAUAUUUUCCCGGCACUGGAUGUUUUACGAAUUGCAAUUAAAUCAGAAGCAGUGAAUCAAUAUUUUUGCACUCCAGGAAAUGGCAAGGAGAUUGUUGAGUUUCUGAAAAAUAUGACUGACUCUGAGCAGCCAAAUGCCAACAAAACUGUAGCUUUACGAAUACUGGCUAACGUCUUUGUACAAAAACCUGGAGAAACAGCCUGUCUCAGUGAAAGGGAUUCAAUUUGGGUGUUACUUAGCAAUUGCAUACCUGGUGCAACUAAAGGUAUCCAGAUUGCUUUGACAACAGUGCUUUUGAAUUACUCAAUCAUCUACCUCAGUAAAAACGACCAUGAUGGUAAAUCUCAAUGCCUGACAAUCACUAAAAAGCUCUUUGAGGAAGAAAAGCUAGAUCAAGAAGCUAUAUUCCGUCUUUUAGUAAUGCUUGGAAACCUAUUACAUAAUGAUGAAGUAGCAGUUGGUAUUGCAGCAUCUUUAGGAUUUGAGAAACACAUUCAGCCAUUGCUGGAUACUAAAAUGAAUGUUGAAAAAGUCAGCAGUUGUGCUAAAUAUUUGCUGGAAAGGUUGAAAGUCAUGUAAAACAGAUUAUUUCAAUUUAUCAGUGACUGUCUUACAGAGUUUUACUCUACUUCCUUGUUUUAACAUCAGACUGCUUAAGUACACUUUAUCAAAUAAAGCUAUUUAGUAAAUUAAUGGUAUCAAAAGGCAAAAAGAAAAUAACAUCAGCAAUUAAAUAAAAAUUAUUUCUUAAAAUAUCAAAUCUAUAUAUAAUUUAUUCUAUAAUCAAGAAAAGAAUUUUUUUUUUUUCCUCUCUGAUUGGUGAUGUGAAAUUUAACAGUGUACAUUUUCUGGAAUGUUAGUAAACCAAGAAAUAAAUACAUAAAUUUGGGGGUUUUACUUGUUUGGCAAAUAAUUUGUUCUGGGACUGUGUGUAGAAUCUGAAAUAAUUACUUCUUGGUAGUCAUUGAUAGCCAUUUAAAACAUGUACGUGUAUAGGCAAUGGCAGGCUAUAUGUGGUUUCAAGUUCAGUCUCACUGCUUAGGACAUUGGGCAAGUGUUUUCUACGAUACAUCUGGACUGACCAAUACCUUUUGAAUGUAAUUUGUUGACAAAUUAUUUGCAAGUCUGUUCUGUAGGGUGGGGUGCAUGCUCAUAUAUGCAAAUGUUUAUAUUCCUUGCUGACAUUACAACUGGUUGCGUUACAUUUUCAAAGACUGGUGCAAUAAAAAAAUUUCUUUGCUUAAAAAACUGGUUAGAGUUGCUGAUAGCAAGGUCAUUUGGCCAUAAAGUACUGCCUUCCAUUUUAUGCUCUUGUAGAAAAUUGGGUAUUAUAUGAAAGAAUGGGGGAAGAUUAUUAGCUUUAAUUAAAUUUUACUGAGACUGAAACAUACAGAUAUGUCUUUGUAGACAACAUAGAGAAGGUUUAUAUCCGAAGAGUCAGAUUUUGCAUUGUCAACUUGUAUGAAGCAAUCCAUUUAACAUUGAUUGUCCUUAAUAAAGACAAUCAAUUGUUCAAUAAGUUGGAACUCAUUGAACACAGCAUCUCACUUUGAAAUCAAAAUCAACAAUUUCAUACUUUAUUCUUUUACUUGUUUCAGUCAUUUGACUGCGACCAUGCUGGAGCAUCACCUUUAGUCAAACAAAUUGACCCCAGGACUUAUUCUUUGUAAGCUUACUUAUUCUAUCAGUCUCUUUUACCAAACCACUAAUUUAUACAAGUUCAUUAAUUAUUCAAGAAGCUUUGUAGAGUGGAAGGAAUAGUAAAUUUCUAGAUGUGUUUGAAAUAACAUAUACAUGCUAGGUCACACUUCAAUAGAAUCUCUGCAUGAAAUAAUACUUUUGCAAGUUCAAUUCCUGCAUAAACACUCAUACAUAUCUGUUAAUAAUCAGAAUUUAAACUUUAUUGUCUAAAUAACUGAGAUGAGUUAUUAAUAAAAUUAUAAUUGUUCAUAGUCUUAACCUUUUCUUCAGAGAGGGGAAACGUUUUUAAUAUCUGGUUGUAGGUGCAGACAUGGCUGUGUUGUUAAAAAGUUUGCUUUACAAUUUGUUUUGGGUUGAGUCCCAUUGCAAGUGUCUUCUACAACCUCGGCUAGACCAUUGCCUUCUGUUCAACUUUGAUUGAACAGAAUUUGUACAGGAGCCCAUAUGUUUGUAUGUGUGUACAUGCAUGUGUAUUUAUGUGUGAAGCAAGUAUGGUCUGUUGGAUAUGUGACAUUAGUGAGUAUGAACAGUGUAGCAAAAACGAACUGAGAAAAAGCUGGAUAUAAGAGGACUUGGAUGUAGUGUGCAAGAAAGAAGUCAGCAUUUAUACCAAAGAUGACACCUGUAUAAGAAAUACAGGACAUUCACAGUGGAUAGAAAACUCUGCAAAAGAAGAUUUAAGAAAACCUCAGACAAACAGAGAUUGAUCUUGGGGUGCUGAACCUCAAAAAAGGGUUGCAACACUUAGCAAUACAGCACAUGGGAAGACUUUCUCUCCUAUGCAAGCAUGACAUGUAUCAAAAUGUUAAAAUGAUAGUGGUGAAAGCUGGGAGGUAUGUACAGCUACAUUUGGACUUAUUGCCCAAAAGUUAACUUUCCAUUUGCUGCCUAUAUUUUAGCCUGUUAUUCAGGAUACUCUUGUUAAACUUUCAUUUGUUCUUUGAUACCCUCUCAUGUUUCUGUCACUAAUCUCUGACACUCUCCCCUAUCCACUGUAUCAUCACUUAACUUUUCCCAUCUUGCUUUUCGAUAUCCUCUCAUCUCUGUUGUCAUUUUGUUUCUUACAUCAUGUUCACUUCUGUCACUCAUCCCUCAUUCACCCAUCUUUUCACUCACACUCUCUCAUGUCCAUUUACUGUACCAUCACUCAGAUUCACCCCAUCAUCAUGUUACCUUGAACAGAGAUACUUAUAAGAGUACAAGGCAAGCUCAUUAGUGCUGGUGCCACUAACACACUCUGUGAAGUGGUUGGUGUUAUUUUUGUGUUGAAUAAAUAAAAUUAAGCAAUUUAUGGCAUACUUACUAUUUAUGAAAGUUGAAAAUCGAAAUUUGUAAGCAAUCAUCUUGAUGUUUGGCAAAAAAAAUAUUGAAAUUUUUAGGGGGAAAAGUUUUUCCAGAAUCAUUUUUAAAUGUGGAAUCCCAAAAGCAAAUUUUUAGGAAAAAAAAACGUUUAAAACAAAAAAUUUAAGUGGGGAGAAA